AUGGAGGUGUCUCCCCGCAGCCCAGAGAAAGCAACGCCAGCUCCUCCAAGCGCACGGGCGUCAGGAAACCCAACAAUUCAACAACAGGCAGCAGGAAAGGAAGCUGUGGGCCAAACCCCUAAGGAUGUCGGUGAAUGGCAGCAGGUGACCAGGAAGGGACGCAAAGCAGCAACCCCUCCUCCAUCUCCACAGCAGGAAGUCUCAUCGGGGCGUAAACAACAAAGCCCGAAGCAGAAGCCUUCUCGGGAGCAGCAACAACAGAUGCAGCAACAGACCCGGCAGCAGCUUGAAGAGACACAGCAACACCAAGAGAGCAUUUACUUAAAUAUUUCUUUCUAUCUAUCUAUCUAUCUAUCUAUCUAUCUAUCUAUCUAUCUAUCUAUCUAUCGUCACGCCGGUAGAAAGGAAGCAAAUCUUUUAUUACCUGUCGCCUUCUCCCUGUCAUUUUCAACUCGUUUCAGGUGCAUUUUUCUGCAUCUAUCUCUUGUCGAUUUCCUCUUCUAUUCAUUCUCAUGA